AUGGUGUAUGUGCAGGGUCUGGGUUGGGCUGAUCAGUCAGUGGGUCUGAUAUUAACACUCUCAGGAGCGGUGCUCUUGAUCAUUCUCUCAUCCUCAGUCGAUGGCCAACUUUGUUCAACGAGGCCCGUCCACAUCUUCAACUUUGGCGACUCCAACUCGGACACGGGUGGACUCGCCGCCGGACUAGGCUACUCCGUCAAUCCCCCCAACGGCCGUACAUUCUUCGGCAGCUCCACCGGUCGCCUCUCCGAUGGACGCCUCGUCAUCGACCUCCUCUGCCAGAGUCUGAAUUUGAGUCUAUUGAGCCCAUACCUAGACUCUUUGGUAGGCUCCAACUUCUCAAAUGGGGCAAACUUUGCCGUUGUCGGGUCCUCUACCAUCCCGAAGCGUGUCCCUUUUUCUUUGAAUAUUCAAGUCAUGCAGUUCAUCCACUUCAAGGCUAUUGCAGCUGCAGGUUCGAAACAUUGGAUAAAUGAUGAAGAUUUCCGGAAAGCACUUUACAUGAUCGAUAUCGGACAAAAUGACCUUUCUGAUUCUUUCACUAAUGACCUUUCAUACGUUCAAGUAACAGAGAGAAUUCCUUCAGUUAUUGAAGAAAUCAAGAGUGCGGUUAAGGCUUUAUACGAUCAAGGUGGAAGGAACUUUUGGAUACACAACACCGGGCCGUUGGGUUGUCUCCCUCAAAAACUUUCAUUAGUGGAGAAGAAGGAUUUGGAUCCAUAUGGAUGUCUUUCGAGUUACAAUGCGGCUGCAAGAUCGUUCAAUGAAGCAUUGCUCCAUUUGUGCAACGGGAUGAGAUCUGAAUUGAAGGAUGCUGUGAUAGUUUAUGUGGAUAUAUAUGCCAUCAAGUAUGAUCUCAUUGCCAACUCCACCAAAUACGGUUUCUCUACGCCGCUAAUGGCAUGCUGUGGCAACGGAGGUCCUCCGUACAAUUUCAAUGUCAGGGGGCUCUGCGGUCAACCUGGCUCUCAUGUUUGCGACGAAGGAACCCGAUUUGUGAGCUGGGAUGGAAUUCAUUACACCGAAGCCGCAAACACCAUCGUGGCCUCAAAGAUACUUUCCACGAAUUAUUCCACACCACGCAUUCCAUUUGAUUUCUUUUGUGACUCGGGGCUCAGUUGGGCUGAUCAAUCAGUGGGUCUGAUAAUAACACUCUCCGGAGCGGUGUUCUUGAUCGUUCUCUCAUCCUCAGUCGAUGGCCAACUUUGUCCAACGAGUCCAGUCCAAAUUUUCAACUUCGGCGACUCCAACUCGGACACGGGUGGACUUGUUGCCGGACUCGGCUUCUCUGUCAAUCCCCCCAACGGCCGUACCUUCUUCGGCAAAUCCACCGGUCGCCUGUCCGAUGGACGCCUCGUCAUCGACCUCCUCUGCCAGAGUCUGAAUAUGAGUCUAUUGAGCCCAUACCUAGACUCUUUGGCAGGCUCCAUCUUCUCAAAUGGGGCAAACUUUGCCGUUGCAGCGUCCUGUACCAUCCCGAAGCGUUUCCCUUUUUCUUUGAGUAUUCAAGUCAUGCAGUUCAUCCACUUCAAGGCUACUGCAGGUUCCAAACAUUUGAUAAAUGAUGAAGGUUUCCGGAAAGCACUUUACAUGAUCGAUAUCGGACAAAAUGACCUUUCGUAUUCUUUCACUAAAAACCUUUCGUACGUUCAAGUAACAGAGACAAUUCCUUCAGUUAUUGAAGAAAUCAAGAGUGCGGUUAAGGCUUUAUACGAUCAAGGUGGAAGGAACUUUUGGAUACACAACACCGGGCCGUUGGGUUGUCUCCCUCAAAAACUUUCAUUAGUUGAAAAGAAGGAUUUGGAUCCAUAUGGAUGUCUUUCGAGUUACAAUGCGGCUGCAAGAUCGUUCAAUGAAGCAUUGCUCCAUUUGUGCAACGCGAUGAGAUCUGAAUUGAAGGAUGCUGUGAUAGUCUAUGUAGAUAUAUAUGCCAUCAAGUAUGAUCUCAUUGCCAACUCCACCAAAUACGGUUUCUCUACGCCGCUAAUGGCAUGCUGUGGCAACGGAGGUCCUCCGUACAACUUCAAUGCCGGGCGGCUCUGCGGUCGUCCUGGCUCUCAUGUUUGUGACGAAGGAUCCCGAUUUGUGAGCUGGGAUGGAAUUCAUUACACCGAAGCCGCAAACACCAUCGUGGCCUCAAAGAUACUUUCCACGAAUUAUUCCACACCACGCAUUCCAUUUGAUUUCUUUUGUUGCAGAUAG